ACAUGUACUAGUUCUAGUAUUUCUUAGUGACACCAUGAAGCGACCAAAGUGGUGCGCGGAUUCGAGGAGCUGAGAUCCGACACAGUCUUAGAUAUCGAGUCGUGUGAUCGUGGUGCAUGUAGCUUGGCCGUUCUCCCUUUCUACUUUAAGAAUAGAAUCGCGGUUAGCAUACAUAUAGGUCAUAAGUGCUCUGGCGCUGAGAAUGUUUUUCCAUCUUGGCUAAGCCUUGGCCGGGAGGAGCUGGAUUGACGUGAUCGCCGACUUCCUAGAGCCGAUAACACCCACGCAUGGCGAGCACGAUUACGCUUUCGCGGUAGACGAGCACGCAAAAUAGCAUCAUGACCUUUUUUUCUUUCUCCUUUUCUCCUUUUCUCCUCUCUGCAUGACUGCUAUCCGUCUCCAUGUAUGGAUAUUGAUCGAUGGUUACUGAAUCGGUGCUGAUAGCAGAUAUCGGGCCUGGUUCGCGAUUCGGAGAAGAUUUUGGAGGCGAGGCGAGGCGAGACCGAUGUCGGAUGCGACGCAAAAACGAGAUUGCAGUGGAUGGUAACACUUUAAGAUCGAAAUUUCUCGAGACUGUAUGGGCCUGUGGGAGUCUUUGGGAUAUUGAUAGUCAUUACUACCGACCCUCUCUACGCUGUUAAUUCGAUGCCCUGCGACUGUGACGAGUCAGUAACGAUGAAGUAGAAUAAAGAUGCUUGACACAGAUGGAGAUACGAGGCUCCGGAGUCUCGUUUACCUGGAUGACUAUACUGAUUUGGUCCUGACUGUGUUGCUCUUCUUGUUUGCAGUCUAUGCCGUAGACGAGGGGAACAUGGCUUCGACAUACGUUUCCAUUCGCGUUCUGAAGGGCACUUUCAGAUAUAACUGUGUGGAGCAAGCCUUCUAAAAUGCUGGAAUAAGCGAUUUGUAACAACAAAUCCCAGCAUAUUUCUCAUAUAGAUUGUGCAUUGAUUGCACUGCUACGUAUGUCGAUAUCACGUAGAAGUUCAGAACCCAAAAGUCUGACCAUGGUGCCCUUGGUAUAUUUUGUUUAAUCUUGCCUCUGGCAUCAACACCCCAGAGAGACAACAACUCUGAAUCAUUGCUUCCACUUGACUGUCUUUCUCACUCCAUCAUCGAAUGUUUUGGUCAUGCCUUCGUGGCCUCGAGUGCUUGCUUUCCGAAAUCAUUCUUUCUCGUUAUUUUGUAAGCCAAGUAAGUCUGUCCCAAGGAGAUAGUCUUUUAUCAAAUGGAGAGGAGGCGGUUUGCUUUUGUAUCAACGCCGUGCAGUUGGAGAUGCUCCCAACUGGGGAUAAGUAGACCACCAUAACGUACCUAGGUAGGAAUCCAUACCAUUUGGUAGCAAUGCAUAUAUCAUGGCUUUG